AAUCGUCCUGGCUGUUUCUGCUUCAACCACCGUGCUUAAUUGGGCCUAUACUGGAGCGAAUGGUCGAGCGAUAGCAUCGUCCCCAAUGGCUCCCAAACUCCUUCGCACACUCUUUGUUGCACUUGCAGCAUGGUUACCUCUGGCCCGAGGACAGGAUGCAGAGUCAGACAUCAAGUCGAUACCUCUACGGACGCAUAGCCUACAACAACCAUACCUAGAUUCGGACAUGCAAUCCCGCUGGUUCGACUUCGGCGGCACAACAGUAAUUCGAACGGACCAAUACGUUCGCUUGACUUCUCAGCACUCAUCACGAGCCGGGUGGAUAUUCAGUCGGGUCCCGCUCACAGCAACAAACUGGGAGAUCGAAGUCGAGUUCAAGAUUCACGGCACCGGCAGCCUGUACGGCGAUGGAAUGGCGAUGUGGGUGACGAAAGACAGAGCGGAAAUGGGUCCUGUAUUUGGCAUGAAGGACAAGUUCGAAGGGUUGGGCUUGUUCUUUGACACGUACAAGAACAACCGACCGGGCGUGGUGUUUCCGUACGUGGUAGCGAUGGUCGGAGACGGGCAGACGCAGUACGAUCAAGCGAAUGACGGGAAAGCGAACGAGUUGGCUGGCUGCUCCAUCCGAGGCAUUCGUAACAACGAGAACCCCACGAAAGCGAAGAUUACCUACUUCCAGGACAAGCAACUCACAGUCGACCUUCUUUACAAAAAGGAAGACGAAUGGACACGAUGCUUUGAGGUGCCUAACGUCAAGCUGCCGAGUGUGGCGUACCUAGGCUUCAGCGCGGAGACGGGAGAGCUGAGCGAUAACCAUGAUAUUAUCAGCGUGCAGACGAAGAACCUGUAUUCGCCAAGUGGGUCGACGAAUACGGGCGCGGCGGGAAGUCGUGAUUAUAGCAGGAAGAAGGGCAGGCCAGGCAGACCGAAGGAGAGCGGGAGCUGGUUCUGGUUCUUCAUGCGCGUGCUGCUCUUCAUCUUGGUGGGAGUGGGUGGGUAUGUCGGGUAUACGGUUUACCGGACACGGCAGCGAGACAGGUUUUGAACAAUAGCGUUGUGUAGAAAGUACCUAACUCUGCGAAGCGUUCAAGUCUCUGCAAAGCCUUGAAGCUCAGCGUGGUUUCACGAGUUCUGGCGCAUUGAAAGCACGACGAGGC